UCCGGGUUAGGCCACGCCCCCUGGCUCCUACCUGUUGGGUGGUGUUAAAAAUAGAAACUCCCAGCUACCAUCUGGACCAGCCAAGAUGAGUCUGCCGGACUACAAAUCAACUGAGAAACAGUCUUCAGCCGCACAUCCAAACUCUCCUGUGGUGCAGCUGAAUGUCGGGGGUCACCUGUUCAGCACCUCUCUGAGCACGCUCCGGAAACACCCCGACUCCACGCUGGCCGAGCUGUUCAGCAGACAGCCCAAACUACACAGCGACGCAGCGGGACGCUACUUCAUCGACCGCGAUGGUUCACACUUUGGAGCCAUCCUGGACUUCCUGCGAUCCGACCGGCUGCCCACAGAGAACAUCCAGGAGGUUCACAGGGAGGCGGUGUACUACAACAUCAAACCACUGAUCAAGGUUUUGGAGGAAACUCCUCGGCUGUUUGGAGAGCUGGUGGGGAGGCAGCAGUUCCUCUCCAGAGUGCCGCACUACAAAGAGAACAUUGAGGUUCUGAUUCGUAUCGCCAGAGCCGAGGCCAUCGCCGCCCGCCACUCCACCAUCAUCGUCUGCGUGCUGCGCACGGAGGAGGAUCUGGGCUUCUACGACAACGCCAUCAACAGCCUGGAGGCGGAUAAGGAGUCGGUGGUGACGUUCGGACCCUGGAAGGCCGUCCUGUCCGUCAAAGACCUGCUGGACUGCGUGAAGAUGGACAUCGAGAGUCAGGGCUACCGGGUGAGCAUCCGGCCGCACAUCCUGGAGAGGAGCUUCCUGUCCAGGAGCUACGACUUCUUCCACAAACUCACAUUCACCUGGUGGUGAUUAUUCAGAGCACAGGAGAGAACGGUGCAUACUGUUGAAUUAAAAACAGGCAGAGUUUUGACACACCAAGUUGCUCCUAAAUAGUUGUAAAGUUGCUGCGUGUUUAUGCGCUAAUGUAAAAAAGAAAUUUGGGGGUGGGGGGGUCCUUGAUUUUUAACACUAGCCAUUUUAGACAUAAGGUGUCCAUAUGUAAACAUGUGUAUAACAUGCAUUUCUAAUCUAGAGGGAUGGGCCCUUCAAAGUAAUUUUUUGGGGGCAUUUGAGGCGUUUAUUUGUAUAGGACAGCUUAGAUUUGAAAGGGGUGAGGGGGGAAUGACAUGCAGCAAAGGGCUGGAGUCGAACCCGCGGCUGCUGCAUCAUGGAGUAAUCCUCUACAGUAUAUAUGGGCGCCCGCUCUACCACGUGAGCUAACAAGGUGCCCAAAAAAUUCUUAUAUCCUUUAAAAAAAAGUAAACUUUUGUCUUAAAGAAUUGUAGGUACUUAUAAAAUGAAUAUUCUCUUACAUCCUGUGUAAUGUAAAUAAAAGCUGCUGCUAAAUUUAGGAAAUAAACUAUCCAGUUACAAAA